CUAGACGAACCCUAGGUUUAUGACUCUUAUUAUAUAAAUACUUCUUCAUACGGAAAUCCGCCCCUGUCAACCCUUCCGGAGCCAGAGAUUUUCUGCCGACAAAAUGGGCAAAGGAACGGGCAGUUUCGGUAAGAGAAGGAACAAAACCCACACCCUCUGCGUGAGGUGUGGUCGCCGCAGCUUCCACCUCCAGAAGAGUCGCUGUUCCGCCUGCGCCUUCCCUGCCGCCCGCAAGAGGACAUAUAACUGGAGUGUUAAGGCAAUCAGAAGGAAGACAACUGGAACUGGUCGAAUGAGGUAUCUUCGUAAUGUUACCAGAAGGUUCAAGACUGGCUUCAGAGAGGGUACUGAAGCAGCACCCAGGAAGAAGGGAGCUGCCGCAUCAUCCUAGAUUGUCAGAGUGAAGCCUUUUGUUUUUCUCUUGUUUUUUAUUUUCCCUUGAAACAUUGUUAGAAGGGAACGAGUUCUAAUUUUUGAAUUCUCUUCAGAUUCACAUAAUACUACAUUGUUUGUAUUUGGUUCUAAGUACUUUUGUUUAUCUUGA